CAUGUUGCAGACAGAGGAACUCGGCAGCUCUGGAAGUCAGCUGCAGUCGGCGCUGAGAGCAACAAGUUGCGGGGUUGCUGAGGAAGGGGCCGCCGCUAGCAGGAUCUGGGACGCGGGUGAGCGGGAUGCAGCGCAGUUACUACUGGUGUACUGUAUUUUCUGGUUUGAGAAAUGAACGGACUGAAGUAUAAAUUUGAGAGCAUAACACCUACAACUUUACAUAUUGGUGCAGAGAUUGCGACAUCAUGCUUCUAUGCAUCUACUGCGAAGGACUUUGAUGCCAAAUUAGCCAAUCUGGUAGAAGUAUUUUUAUUGGAGAUUUACAGGUGCAAAUUAUGCCAAUUUACCAGCAGUUUGAAAGACAAAGUCUGCCUUCAUUUGUCAAAUGUGCACCAAUUAGAUCAAACCCCUCUCAUUCCAGCGAGCACGGAGUCAGAGGAAAACGAUUCAUAUGGCAUUGGUGAGGAAAUUGCUCAGGAAAAUAAAGUAAAUGAGGAAAACUUGGAAAAAAUGCCCUUCUUGUAUAGAAUGCUAAACACUAUGAGUCCAGAGUCAUGCAGCAUGAGCCUUGGGGGCCAAAGCGGCAACAUAAAUAUGGUCAAUGUAAGUGAAGUAAAUUCAUUAUUUGAAGAAGAUCAAUCAGAGUUCCAGCUGGAUGAGCCUGUACCAUGUGACUCCAUUCCACCCAUGAGUACUGCAAAUUCACCCAAAAGCAAAGCUGAAGAUGACGCUCAGUGCGAGCACCUCUUAUCUUUAGGUCUUUACCGGAUCUCCAGCAUUAGACAGGUUCCUUCAUCAACCGACACAAAACUUUCCAAAAGCAGCAUGGCACAAGAAUCUGCAAGGACAGAAUGUAAGCCUAUAAAGGUACAAACGCUACCCUCCUUGUCAGAUGACCAGUGCAGUGAGAAUGAUGAUAAGAAACAGAGCUAUGCAUGUGCCUCUUGUCAGCUGGAAUUUGAAACAAAGGACACUUACAAAAUACACGUGCAGUGCCACAAGUAUGGAGGUGGCUUCACUUGCUUGUAUUGUGGUAGCUUCAUGAGCGAGUGGAGCCCAAUGGAAAAACACUUAAAAAGCCACCGUCUGGUACGAAAGAGUUAUCAAUGUCAGGUGUGUCAGAAACGCUUCAUGACACAGAGUGCAUGGAAAAGCCACAUGAGGGGUCAUGACAAGAAGAGUGAUGUGUUCCUGUGCACUAAAUGCCCUUUGUCCUUUGAAAGUGAAAGUGUCAGGAACCUGCAUGUGACCUGUCAUCACGAAGAUGUCUACAAGUGUUGUCAGUGUGGACUAGUGGAACAAGAUUGGAAUAAGAUCUAUGAACAUUUGUGUAAUCAUGAUGGCAGUUUGAAACCGUUCACCUGUAGCACGUGCAGCCAAAGAUUCUUCACAGAGACACAGAUGAAAGCCCACUUCUCAAAGCACAAAAAACGCAGACUUACUACAUGUCAGCUAUGUGAUCAGAGAUUCAAGAACAUCAGCCAAAUGAAUAAACACCAAAAGCGCUUCCAUCGCAAGAUGAAUAAUGGUCAGUGUAAAAAUGGAAAGCAGAAAGUAGAAAACAGCCACAGUGUCUUUGUGACAGGCGAUUCCACUAGCAUGCAAUCUAUGCCAAAGAGAGAAUUCACUUGUGACACCUGCAAUAGGAAGUGUUCAUCGAAAUUGGCACUACAGAGGCACAUGGGAGUGCAUGCUGGAGAAAAGCCUUUUCAUUGCCAACAUUGCGAGUAUAAAACCAGACUGAAAGCUUCACUGAAACAGCACAUGAGAGUUCAUACUGGCGAGAAGCCUUUUAAAUGUGAAUUAUGUUCUUACGCCUCAAUAGACGGAAGUUCUCUACGGCGACAUGUGAGAACUCACACCAGCGAAAAGCCUUACAAAUGUCAGCGCUGUUCUUACAGUUGUAUUCAGAAGAAAAGUCUUGACCUACACAUACGUCGCCACCACACUGGGGAGAUGUUCAAAUGCACCAUUUGCCAAUAUUCAUCUCCUGACAAGCAAUUACUACAUAAGCAUAUAAAGAAGCAUCAUGUCAAAGAAGACUCUCAACUAACCAAUUCUUCGCUUCCUACAAGUUGACAAAUAUCUGGCCCAGCAACUACAUGAACAUUUUGUUUUCUAUAAAAAAAAUGACUGAAAAUGAUUGUAAUAAUGAUGUUAGAUGCUUGCGAGUCUUGGCUGUAGUUCUACGGGUGUGGUUCAUCAAAUCGACAGUGUCUAGG